AUGACCCUUCCACCCACAACGAUUGAACCCAACUCUGCCCCAAACACAUCAGGACCAAUCGCAGAACUCGUUCCUCUUCUCUUACAACAAGGCACACAACUAAUCAAAGUCAGCGAGUCAAAACAAAAGAAGGUUUUAUUUCGCAUCGACCCAGAGACAGCCGAAAUUCGCUACGAAUCGAGAAAGUAUGGCGUUGUCCCAGUCGAGAGUAUCAAGGAGAUCAGAACGGGUACUGAUGCGCAGCAUUAUUGUGAGCAUUUGGGUUUUCCGACUGAACUAGACAGGUGGAUCACCAUAGUCUACGUCGUCAAUAGUGUUUAUAAGACAUUGCACAUCUUGGCGCCAACCAAGGACGUCUUCAUACUGUUCGAAUCCACCAUACGAAAGCUCCAUUCCAUCCGGAUCGGUCUCAUGAACAACAUGGGCAAUAGUCAGAUGCGGCAAACUAUCUGGGAGCGACAAUACUUCAAGCUUGCUGCUAGUAAAGACGCAGUCAGCGACUCAAUCAGCUUCGAUGAGCUUGAAACUCUUUGCAUUCGUCUCAAUGCGCACGUCGAUCUGGAACAGCUACUCAAGAAAGUUGUUUCCGAUAAGUCAAAAUGCUUGAACUUCCAGCAGUUCCAGCAAUUUGUCGGUCUACUUAGAAGUCGGCCUGAUAUCGAAGCUCUCCACGCAAAAAUCUGCGGCGGCCUUCCAUUCAACUUGACCGUAUUCGAGCAUUUCAUGAAAACCACACAGCAGUCGGGUCUUGAUAGCGAGCAGCUUAGGACCUUAUUCCACAAGUAUGCUGGCUCUUCAUCUAUUCAACACGACACCGCUUCCACGACGACUGCAAAAGCUAUGAGCGUUGAGGACUUGACUUCCUUUCUGAUGUCUGAAGACUGUUCCGCAAUCAAGCCUGCAUCCAAUGAUAUGAACUUUCCGCUUUCAGAUUAUUGGAUCUCGACGAGCCAUAACACGUAUCUAGUCGGCAAUCAGCUUAUUGGAACAAGCACCGUUGAAGGGUAUAUUCGAGCUUUGCUUUGCGCUUGCCGUAGUGUCGAGUUGGAUAUAUAUGACGGUCCCCAAGGUCCCGUUGUAUACCACGGCCGCACAUUCACAUCACGUGUGGCCGUUUCUGACAUUUGCACUGCCAUUGCAAACUGUGAAGUUCAUUGCGGCAUCGAACAACAAGAUGCACUAGUCGAUAUCAUGAUCAAGGCCUUUGGAGCGUCCUUGGUGAGGGUGCGUGACGAAGAACAUGCCAAGAUCACUACUCUGCCUAGUCCAGAGGAAUUGAAAGGUCGCAUAAUGGUCAAGACCAAGAAUCUGUUACUCUCACAAGGCCUCGAGUCCAUCGCAGCUCACAAAAAAGCUGCCAAGGCUGCCGCUGCGAAAGCAGCUCAUCUGGAAGUCGAGUCAACGGACGAGUCGUCGGAAGAGGAAUCAGAUGCGCGUCUCGAUAUCGGAGAGCAAAUCAGUGAACUGAAAUCGAAGUGGCGAAAAUUCCGUGGUGGCGGUGAAUCGUCAACUGCCAGUGAUUCCUCGUCAAAACCCAAGGCUCCGAUGUCACUAAGAUUGGCUUCCCUGCUCGUCUAUACGGUCGGAGUCAAAUAUCGUGGGGUGGACAAGGUGGACGAGUAUGCUCCCGAGCAAAUCUUUUCACUGUCUGAGAGGAAGGCUGGCAAAUUCAUCGAAGGCGGUAACGAGCUAGAAAAUCUCAUUCGUCACACCCAAUCCCAUGUCGUUCGCAUCUACCCACGAGGAACCCGAGUCAACUCGACCAACUACAUCCCCAUACCAUUCUGGGCCGCUGGAUGCCAGCUAGUAGCAUUGAACAUCCAGACCGUUGAUUUGGGCUAUCGAAUAAACCAGGCGAUGUUCAUGCGGUGCGGGCCGCAAGGAUAUGUUUUGAAACCGCCGGCGCUACGAGACACCACAUUCAAGUUGUUACAAAAACGGACUCAAGCAUUCUUCGAUGUCACUAUCAUUUCUGCGCAACAGUUACCAUUGCCCAGGGACUCUUGGGGACGCGAAAUCGUUGGCAGGUCGUCCCUUAUCGAUCCUUUUGUGGAAGUCAUACUUCAUAUCCCUUCCUGGUCGGAAAAGCCAUUCCUCCCCAAAGACACCUCGUACAGGCACACGAUACCUUCUGACAACAACGGCUCGACGGCUGCCCGCAAGAUUUCCUUCGCCACAGAGGUCGUGAAGGACAACGGAUUCAACCCAGUAUUCGAUACGAAACUGUCUUUACCCUUUGAUUUUAUCGGGGGAAUGAAGGAACUUAUUUUUGUGGAGUUUCUGGUGAAACAAGAGAUGAAGCCAGAUGCCGAACCUCUCGCAAGCUAUAUUGCUCCUCUUGCAAGCCUUGAGCAAGGUUUCAGGCAUCUUCAACUACACGAUUCUCAGCUUUGCCCCCAUUUAUUUUCGACUUUGUUCGUGAACAUCAAUAUGGGACUUAGCCCAUCAAAAUCUCGAGCGCGUGCAUAUCCACUCGUUCAACCCGGCUAUAAUGUUCCACAGGGCCAAAACCCAAAUCUUUACCUGCCCGCACACCUACAACCACCAAAAUCCACGUCUAAGAAGAAGAAGAAGAACAAGGCUCGGAAGGGAUCUGACCAGGCAGAACUGACGGCAGCCUAUGUCAGAGGCUGGCACGCUGCCUCAAAGGGAAUGGGUCCUCGCGGGCCUACUGUAGAAGUAGAAACCACUGCGAUGGCAAGCCAAGCCGAAACGACUUCAUCUCCCGUCACACCCGUCGCACCUCGACAAGCUGGGGUACAUGAUAGUGCAAACAUCGCAGACGUUUUGCAACAACUCCCUCCCCCGAAUCCCAGCGCUUUUGGGCCUCCAGUAACUGACGAUAGUCAACGACAUUUUGCACCACUUUCGAACCCACUACCGACGCCCCCACGUGAUUUAUACGAGCUAUCUCCUUACAAUGCUUUAUUGAACCUGCCACAGACUACGGCGUUGCUUACGAGCAACUAUGCCCAGUUGGGUAGCGUUCCUCCGCCAAACAUCGAUCGACGGGAUGUAGGGCGUCGAACUUUAUUCUCAUCCUUUGGACGAAAGAAAGAAGAAGAAGUUCGUUUUGUCCCCGUUUUUAUCAACGCCGUCAAUCCAGCAGAGAUGCCCACCACCACCACCACCACUACCCCCGCAGUCACACCUGCACUUCACACUGUCCCACAACAAACAGCAGAGGCUCCUCCCAUCCGCUUUUCUGGGAAUUCAUAUGAAUUUGCUGGCCUUCUCAACUACUCGCCACAUCGUGUCGUUUAUGGCGGUCGAGAGUAUCCAACGGCAAUGCACCUACACGAAGCCAUGAAAUUUCUACCGGACAAUCUUGCUCUCGCCGAGCGAAUUCGGCAUUGUCCAGACGUAACACAAGUUUACGCAGUCAGCCAGGACCUUGUAGAUCAGUUCGGCGAGGCAGCAGUGCGAUCUGACUGGGCGGACAACUACAUCUCCCUCAUGUACUCCGCCGUGCUGGCCAAAUUUCAGCAACACGCAAACCUGAGAGAUAUGUUACUCAAGACAAAGCCAUCCGAAUUGAUAUAUGCAGACGAACAAGACACGUUUUGGGGUGAGGGUACACCAGCGCAGCCUGGCCAGAACCAGUUGGGAAAGCUUUUGGAGAGAGUGAGAGAUAGUUUAGGCACUGAAGGUGGCCUAUAG